AGCUGCAUGCUGAAUUGGAGGAGAAUGGUCUCUCCUUCUAUGUUGGUGGCGACAUACAGCAGCUGACACUGCAUGCAGAAAUGCAGACAAGCAAUCGACUUCAUUUUAAGAUCUUCGAUGCCAAAAGCAAGAGGUUUGAGGUCCCUCAUGAGCACAUCCCUACAGUCAAGAGCGACUACACAAGCCCUAUCAGCGACACACUCGAAAUCACAAACAACCCCUUUGGCCUGACUGUGCGCAGAAAGGAGAACAAGAAAAUUCUGUUUGACACCACUAUGGCUCCACUUGUGUUUGCGGACCAGUACAUACAGUUGUCUGCUAGGCUUCCAUCUCACAACAUCUACGGUCUGGGGGAGCAUGUGCAUCAAAGAUUUCGCCACGACACAAACUGGAGAACUUGGCCCAUUUUUACUCGAGAUGCUUUCCCUAAUGGGGGAACACACAAUCUCUAUGGACACUAUCCCUUCUUCCUCUGUCUGGAAGAUGAGAGUGGAAAGUCAUUUGGGGUGUUUCUGCUGAACAGCAAUGCCAUGGAGGUGACUUUGCAGCCUGCUCCAGCGGUGACCUACAGGACCAUCGGAGGAAUCCUUGACUUCUACAUCAUGUUUGGGGACACACCAGAACAAGUGGUGCAGGAAUUUGUCGAGCUCAUUGGCAGGCCUGUCAUUCCUGCCUACUGGUCCCUGGGCUUCCAGCUUUCUCGGUGGAACUACGGUAACCUCACUGAAGUCAAAGCCACAGUGGAGAGGAACCGCGCUGUGGACCUCCCAUAUGACAUUCAAUACACUGACAUAGACUACAUGGAAGACAAGAAAGAUUUCACCUAUGAUAAAGUGAAGUUUCGGGAGCUGCCUCAGUUUGCUGACUACCUUCAUGAAAAGGGGCAGAGGUAUAUCCUCAUUCUGGACCCUGCAAUAGCAACUAGUAAAAGGGUAGGGGAUACUCCAUAUGAUUCAUAUGACCGUGGUACUGCGAAAGGCGCUUGGGUCUUUGAAUCAGAUGGAAAAACACCUAUUGUAGGAGAGGUUUGGCCAGGGGAGACGGUAUUCCCAGACUACACCAGCCAAAACUGCAUCGACUGGUGGGUAGAUGAAUACGAGCGAUUCUACCAGGAGAUCAAACACGAUGCCCUCUGGAUUGACAUGAAUGAAGUGGCUAAUUUCCAGAAAGGAUCAGUUAAAGGCUGCGUUGAUAACAAACUGAACUACCCACCCUACACUCCAAAGAUUAUAGAUGAGGUGAUGUACAGUAAGACUCUUUGUAUGGAUGCCAAGCAGGCCUGGGGGGACCACUAUGAUGUCCACAGUUUGUACGGCUACUCUAUGGUGCUGGCCUCUGAAAAAGCCCUGGAACGUGUGUUCGGGUCAAACCGUACCCUGUUGCUGACGCGCUCCUCCUUCCCAGGUGUGGGGAAAUAUUCAGGACAUUGGUUGGGUGACAAUGGUGCCAACUGGAACGACAUAAAAUGGGCUAUUCCUGGCAUGCUGGAGUUUGGGCUAUUCGGAGUUCCCUAC